UCACUUCCCAUGCGCCAAAGAGGGGCAAGUCCUCUAGCCGUCCUGUUGUGGCAUCGGCUUCGAAUGGUGGCAGGACCCGGAUGUUGAUUCCUUCCCAGUGAGAGUUGCCUGCGUGCUGCAGAGGCGCAGAGGUCCAUUAUGUCAAAACGCAAGGUGACCUUUGAAGACCAAGGCGAUGAAGAUGAAGAGGAAAUGAGUUUGCCAAAGAAGAAGCUUGUAGAACCUGCCAUUGGCGGGCCAGGUAGCCGUUUUAAGGGCAAACACUCAUUAGACAGUGAUGAGGAAGAUGACGAAGAAGAGGAAGGACGAGGCAGUAAAUAUGACAUCCUGGCAUCAGAUGAUGUGGAGGGACAGGAAUCUGCCACUAUAGACUAUGAAGAAGGUGUUCGGAUCACCCCAUUCAAUUUGCAGGAAGAGAUGGAAGAAGGCCAUUUUGAUUCAGAGGGCAACUACUUCUUGAAGAAAGAAGCGAUGAUUCGUGACAACUGGUUGGACAACAUAGACUGGGUUAAAAUAAAAGAACAGCCUCCUGGUCGGAAGAAACCACCUCUGAAUUCUGAGGAAGACAAUGGCGAAGGUGAAGAAGAUGACCUUGAAAUUGGCCAGACACCUUUAGGGAAGAAGGAGCUGUUAGAAGGGAUGGUGGAUCUGGUGCAACCUGGCGAGACGGUGGCUAGAGCCAUUCAAAGGCUUGGAGACAGAGGUGGGCCCAAGAACAGCGGGCGUCAGCAGAAGCCCUGGAGCCGCCUCAAGGCAAACGAAGCAGAACCAGCCGAGCAAGGGGAGCCCCAGAAGUUUGGGUCGCCAGAACGGAAAGAGCAGCUGGAGCGCUUGUCUGGGCUGGCUGACCAAAUGGUGGCCCGAGGCGUGUAUGAGAUUUACCAGGAGACCCGAGAGAAGCUGACGCUGAGGCUCCGAGCGUUGGAGCAUCCUCCUGUAGCGCCUUCCGGUGCUGAGCCGGAACUCGAUAUGUUUGCCGAAGAUAUUGAUGAAGCAAAACUGGGAGAGAAGACGUCGGCAGCGGGAAGCGAGGCUCAACGGCGGGAUGAUGAUGACAACACUCUCUCUGAGGUGAUGUGGGAAUAUAAAUGGGAAAACACAAACUCAUCUGAACUCUAUGGCCCAUUUAGCAGCUCACAGAUGCAGGUAAGGGGCUGUAGAUGGAGGAAGCAGAUUUCUCUUAAUGUGUGUGAACAUACAUGCACACACAUUGUUUUGCCCUGUUUUUACUGUCCUUGAACAAGUCAAACUGUC